GUCCAAACGGGUGUUUACGCUUUAGAAUCACACAUUGCUCGUAUCGCAGCGGCACCUCUGCGUGAACCAUAUAUUGGCGUAUCCCCAGCCUCUGCUUCACCUCAAGCUGUCGAAUCAAUCCCGCCCCGGGAUCCUCAGCAAUCAUGGCAAUGCAAAUUGAUAUGUCUAACGCCCAGGUGUUGAAGGAUGAGUCAGGAAGGCCAUUCAUCGUUGUCAGAGAUCAGGGCAAAAAGAAGCGGCAACAUGGCGUUGAGGCGGUCAAAUCACAUAUUUUGGCUGCGAGGACAGUGGCGAACAUUGUCAAAACUUCUCUGGGCCCUCGGGGCUUGGACAAAAUCCUGAUUUCACCGGACGGCGAUAUCACGGUUACGAACGACGGAGCAACUAUCCUAUCACAGAUGGAAAUCUCGAACCAUGUUGCGAAACUUCUUGUGGAACUCUCGAAAUCGCAGGAUGAGGAAAUCGGAGAUGGAACCACUGGUGUCGUAGUGCUUGCAGGAGCCCUCCUCGAACAGGCCGCAGACCUCAUCGACAAGGGCAUCCACCCUAUCCGGAUUGCAGACGGAUACGAUCAGGCUUGUGAGGUUGCUGUGGCGAAGCUGGACGAAAUUGCGGACGAGAUCCGGUACUCGCCGGAGAACACCGAGGAGCUUUUCAAAGUAGCAAAGACGAGUUUGGGCAGCAAGAUCGUCUCGAAAGCCCACGAUCACUUCGCAAAAAUUGCCGUGGAUGCAGUGCUAUCGGUCGCCGAUCUCGAGCGCAAAGAUGUGGACUUCGAACUCAUCAAAGUGGAUGGCAAGGUUGGAGGCGCAUUGGAGGACACAUUGCUCGUGAAGGGUGUCAUAAUAGACAAGGAUUUCUCUCACCCCCAGAUGCCUUCAGAAGUCAAGGACGCAAAGCUCGCCAUUUUGACAUGCGCAUUCGAGCCCCCGAAGCCGAAGACAAAACAUAAAUUGGACAUCACCUCCGUCGAGGAGUUCAAGAAGUUGCAGAAUUACGAGCAGACCAAGUUUACGGAGAUGAUUGAGCGGAUCAAAGAUACUGGCGCAAACGUGGUGAUAUGCCAGUGGGGUUUCGAUGAUGAGGCCAACCAUCUGCUCCUUACCAACCACCUCCCUGCUGUGCGGUGGGUCGGCGGACCCGAAAUUGAGCUCGUCGCCAUCGCAACGAACGGCCGCAUCGUCCCCAGGUUCGAGGAUCUCAGCCCUGAAAAGCUUGGAACGGCGGGCAUCGUCCGAGAGAUGACUUUCGGAACAACGCGAGAUAAGAUGCUUGUCAUUGAGGAGUGCGCGAAUACUCGGGCGGUCACCGUCUUUGUACGAGGUAGCAACAAGAUGAUUAUCGAUGAGGCCAAGCGGUCAUUGCAUGAUGCCCUUUGCGUCGUGCGGAAUCUCGUCGUAGACAACCGCAUCGUCUAUGGAGGUGGUGCUGCUGAGAUCGCUUGCUCAUUAGCCGUGGAGGAUGCUGCUGUGAAGAGUCCCGGUCUUGAGCAGUACGCAAUGCGCGCCUUUGCUGAGGCAUUAGAUUCGGUCCCGAUGGCGCUAGCUGAGAACUCUGGCCUCCGCCCAAUUGAAACACUGGCGAAUAUCAAGUCCCGGCAAGCCAAGGAGAAGAACUCAAGACUAGGUGUCGACUGUAUGCAAACGGGUAGCAACGACAUGAAAGACCAUUUCGUCAUCGAUCCUUUGAUCUCCAAGAGACAACAGCUGUUGUUGGCGACACAACUGUGCAGAAUGGUGCUCAAGGUCAAUAAUGUUAUCAUCGCGGGCAGCGAUGACAAUGAGUUUUAGACGGCGGGGGCGAUUGUGACUGUGAGCAGGCAGAGUAGCAAUACACGCUGUUGAUCCAAAACCGAAGGAGGAAUGUACCAAUGACUGAUGACUUGUGUUCAUUGACUCUUCCACACGCACUGUAAAUAUUACUACUAGACUACCAUUGUGUGCGCUGUGGGACUAAUAAUGCUAUGUGUCGCACAAUUGGCAUAGUGGACAUCCCCGGUCGAUUACAAGCGCAGAAGAGAUUGCCGGUAUGCGGAUUCAAAAGAAUUGGCAUCACAUAUAAUUAGUGAG